GGUUACAACUGUCACCGUCUGACUGUUUGCCAGUUGUGUUUUGCACUCGAUUCGCUGCAGAAUGGAUAUGUCAGGUCGGAUUAUAACAACGCUCGCAUCUGAAUGGACGGAUAACUAUAGAUUCGGCAACACGGACUAUAUCGUAUUUCUGGGCAUGAUUGUUCUUUCCACAGGCACUGGCAUAUAUUUUGGCUGCUUUAAAAAAACCAAAAAGUCCAUUGAGGAAGUGGAACCGACUUUGCCCACCAGCGCAGCUACGCAGACACGUAGACAUGAUUUUGGUUCGGAAAAGAUGAGCGAAUAUCUGCUGGGAUCGCGCAAAUUGAAAGUCUUUCCUGUUGCCAUGAGUCUAAUAGCCAGUUAUGUAUCAGGCGUCACCAUACUUGGCACCACAUCAGAGAUAUAUAAUUAUGGCACACAAUACUGGUUUAUAGCCAUAGCCAUUAUACUGCAGGGCAUUGCUGUCUCCUAUAUCUAUAUACCAGUAUUUACAGCACUACAAGUCGGCUCCUCCUAUGAGUAUCUGGAAAUGCGCUUCCAUUCGGUCAUACGUAGCAUAGCAUCGUUUAUGUUUAUUUUGGAUGAGAUACUAUUUUUGCCAUUUGUUGUAUAUGUGCCAGCCAUAGCCUUAAAUCAAGUCUCUGGCAUCAAUUUGCAUGUGAUAUCAUCGGUUAUUGUUAUUGUGUGCGUUUUCUAUACCUUUGUGGGCGGCAUUAAGGCUGUGGUGCACACGGACGCCUGGCAGACGCUGGUCAUGUUCCUCUCGGUGCUGGCUGUCGCCGCCUUGGGCACCUACUAUGCCAGCGGGCUGGAAAAGCUGUUUGAUGAUGCCGCCAAGGGCGGUCGCCUGAUAUUUACCAAUACAAAUCCAUCGCCCUAUGUGCGUCACACCGUUUGGAGCGUGCUCAUUGGUGGCUUCUCCUACUGGACUUCCUUUAAUGCCGUCAAUCAGACCAUGGUGCAGCGUUACAUGUCGCUGCCAUCGCUGAAGCAGGCGCGUGCAUCAAUGGCCAUAUUUACGAUUGGUGUGGCCGCCUUUGUUUCCGUUUGCUGCUUUGUGGGUCUGCUGAUCUUUGAGAAGUACCAGGAUUGCGAUCCGCUGAGUGCGGGCCUGAUUACCCAUGACGAUCAGUUGCUGCCGCUGUAUGUGGUUCAGAGCGUGGGGCAUAUACCCGGCAUGGCGGGUCUGUUUAUAGCGGGCAUCUUUGGUGCCGCCUUGAGUUCACUUUCGGUGGUGCUCAAUUCCACAUCGCUGGUCAUACUGGAGGACAUUGUGCGCGGCUGCUUCAAGAUGCAGCCCAGUGAACGCGCCGCAACUGUGCUGGUCAAGAGCACCAUUAUCGUGCUGGGUGUGCUGGCGCUCUCGCUGGUCUUUGUGCUGGAGCAUCUGAGCGGCAUAUUGAGCAUCUGCACCUCCAUGACGGCAAUUGCGGCGGGCACCACUUUUGGCCUCUUCACGCUGGGCAUGCUCGUGCCGUGGGCUAAUAACAUAGGCACAGCCGUUGGUGGCAUUGCCAGCGCUUUGCUAGCCGGUUGGAUAUCCUUUGGCACACAGUUUAGCAUAGCGGCGGGUGAGCUCAACUCCCAGAAGCUGAACGUUUCCGUGGAGCACUGUACGACAAAUGUGACGCUGCCCGACACUGUUUGGGUCGACGAGGAACUGGUGUUUCCACUGUAUCGUUUAUCCUAUCACUGGAUCAAUCCCAUUGGCGUGGCAACGGUUAUUGUGGUGGGCUCCAUUGUAUCACUGCUGACCAAGCCGACGGAUGUGAAGACACUUGAUGCGGAGCUGAUAUCGCCAGUCUUGCACAGAUUUUUGCCAAAGGAAUGCUUUACCGGACGCCAGCAAACGAACCUACUGAGCCGCACAUAAAUACAAAUGCAGAAGCAAUUGUACAUAUACCCUAAAAAGAAAUAGUUAGCAGAAGAAAAAAAAAGAAUUCCCAAACAAUACGUUGUGGACAAGCUCUAAUCGGAGAUGCAGCUCCUACAUUCUAUAAGUUAGUUAAGCCCAACAUAAUCUUAGUUUAGUAAGUAGUACAAAUUGCAGUUCGGUUUUGUGUAAAGGCGCACACACACAACGUUUAACAUGGUACAGGAAUUUAUGAAUCUGCAUACACAAGUUGUUUGUUGUAUUAUUAUUUAUAUAUAUACUUAUGUAGCUUUAUUGAAACUGUUUCUUUUUUUUUUGUUUGUUUGUUGAAUUCCAGUUAAAACGUAUUACUUUGGCAUUUUUGUUUGUUCUUGUUCAAUUAGUCAGCAUACUGUCUCUCAAAAUGAGUGUAUUCCGUGUGACUUAGCAAGCAUUAUGUCUGUGAUAAAAAUUUAAUAAAUAUACAUAUAUGUAUAUAUUUAUAUACUAUAUAAGAA